GUCGCGAUCCCACCCUUCGGAAACUCCUGACAGCAACGCCAACCGGCGAGCCAAUGGCAACGACCCGCCGGCACUUUCGCCGCUCAUGCGUUCCGCCGCCGCCAGCCCGCCACCCACUACUCCUCGCCUCCCGGUCUCCCCCACCUACCCCCACCUACGCCCCGGUGCGAGCUCGACUGAGUACAAAUGGAGCUCCGCCCCCGCUCCUUCCCGUCGUUCCCCUCUCCCGAUCACCCGCGCGGCACGGCGACCUCUUCCCCCACGCCGCAUCCGCGCCCUGCCUCACGCCCCAUUCGGAAGAAGCAGUUGACCUGCAGCGCGAUCGCCGUCUCCGGACGAGGCCCUACCGCGAGAAGGAGCCGGUGGUCAACGCUGAUGACGGCAGCAUACAACACAGGAACCCCAGAUCUAGUCGACUUCAACUGGGAGACUCUUGGAUUUCAACUGGUCCCGACAGACUUUAUGUACAUAAUGAAAAGUUCGUCAGACGGGGUGUUCACCAAGGGUGAAUUGGUUCCAUACGGGCCAAUUGAGCUGAACCCAGCUGCUGCAGUGUUAAAUUAUGGCCAGGGAUUGCUCGAAGGUCUUCGAGCACAUAGACAACAUGAUGGAUCAGUCCUGCUUUUUCGCCCUGAGGAAAAUGCAUUGCGGAUGAGGAUAGGUGCAGACAGGUUAUGCAUGCCUGCACCAAGUGUAGAGCAGUUCUUAUCAGGUGUCAAGCAAACCAUAUUGGCAAACAAGCGUUGGGUACCUCCCACUGGCAAAGGUUCUUUGUAUAUCAGACCGCUGCUGAUUGGAAGUGGGGCUAUCCUGGGUGUUGCACCUUCCCCGCAGUAUACAUUUGUCGUCUUUGUUUGCCCAGUUGGUCACUAUUUUAAGGGUGGCCUAUCUCCAAUUAGCUUGUUGACCGAGGAAGAAUAUCACCGUGCUGCACCCGGUGGAACUGGUGAUAUAAAGACAAUUGGAAAUUAUGCUUCAGUUUGUAGUGCUCAGAAACGAGCCAAGGACAAAGGUCAUUCUGAUGUUCUUUACUUGGAUCCCGUGCAUAAAAAGUUUGUGGAGGAAGUUUCUUCCUGUAAUAUAGUUAUGGUAAAGGACAAUGUUCUUUCCACUCCACUAUUAACGGGAACAAUUCUUCCUGGAAUCACAAGAAGAAGUAUAAUUGAAGUUGCUCAAAACCUUGGAUUUCAGGUUGAAGAACGCCUUAUUGCCAUAGAUGAGUUGCUUGAUGCUGAUGAAGUCUUCUGUACCGGGACUGCUGUUGUACUAUCACCUGUUGGUUGCAUAGAGUACCAAGGAAGAAGAGUGGAGUAUGGGAACGGGAAGGUCGGAGUUGUGUCCCAGCAACUCUAUUCGGCACUUACAGCUAUCCAGAAAGGCUUUGCAGAGGACAGUAUGGGAUGGAAUGUGCAACUGAACUAGGGGCUUUGGCCCCCUUCGUUUGGCCUUCUAGGCCAGCUUCUAGGUCCCCAGGAAGCUGAAGCUCAAAAGAAAGGGAAAACUUUCCAUGGGUUGCCAGGAGAAGCCCAUCUCAAAUCAUGUGUAAAAGGAGCUGCCACGAGAAACUGCUCGAGACCAGUUUUCCGGGCUUCUUCGCGCCCCUUCUCCCACGGCAAAUUGCGGCCAAAAUGCCACCGCGGCCAAAAAAACCCAGACCUCUCCCUCCCGUCGCCUCCUCCCUCUAGGUCUCGGGCGCUCGCGCCGCCACCUCUCCCUACCAGCGGGAGCAGCCACCGGCCGACCCCACCUCCCCCCGAUUCGUCUCCUCUCCACAGCCGGCACCUGAUCCGCCACCUUCCCUCCGGCCGCCGCCGUUCUCCCUCUUCCGCAAGGCCGCCGCUCUCUCUCUUUCGCAAGGCCGCCGCCAAGCAGCUCGUCGCGCCGCCACGUCGUCGAAGGAGCUCACCCCACCCCGAAUCGAUCUGCUUCGCACCUGCCCAGCUCCAACGCCCAUCUCGCCGGAGGCUGUCCGGCCAGGAGCUCGUCGCCUCUUCUCCAGGAUGCGACGCCCUAAAUCCCACAGCCCCAGAUGCGAGGCCCUGUCUCCCAUCGCCACCCUCCCCCGCCACCUUCAUUUGGGUUUGUGUAAUGUAAUGCUAUGAUUUUUUCCUCUGAAGCUUGGGAUGUGUUUCGUCAUGCUAAGUGUAUACGAUGACAGUGUUAUUUGUUGUAAUUUUCAGAAUAUUGUUGUAUAGAUUGUGUUGGAUCGAACAAUUUUUAUAGAUUGAUUUUUGUUCUUGAAUUUUGGUUGGAUUGAACAAUGUCUUUGCUGUUAAAUGAAGUCAAGGGGCGUUGUAGACUUUA